GGUUUUUCGGUGGAAUACCCGCGGCGACGGCGGCGGAAUCGAUGAUCGAUCGUCGUCAUCGGCGUCCCGCCCGACGAUGAGAGACUCACGUCUCCCCAGGACAGCAUGACUUUCGGUGCGUGCGACCAUCCGCGUGCGUUAACAUGCGCGAAGACCCGCGUGUCCGCGGGUACCGCUAGAUCCUGCUGAAGUGAUAACGCCUGGCUCGCAGAGAGAAAAGAGACCCGCUGGCAAGGAUCGCCGAACGCGAGAGAGAGAAAGAGAGAGAGAAAUCGAGGAUCGAUCGCGAGGAUAAACCGUUGGCCGGCAGACGCGAGCUACAGGCUGAAGAAAUCAAUCAUAUUGUAGCCAUGAACCUCGCGCUGCAUGGAUUUUUGCUGCAGGUUUUCGUGUCCAUUCUCGACUUUCGUCAUGGCCGUUUGUUAUGCAGCGCGGGGGAACCUGGCUAUCUGGACUUCGACAACCUGCCGGAGACGAAUUUCUCGUGUCAAGGAAAGGUGAUCGGCGGAUACUACGCGGACGUCGAGGCGGGCUGUCAAAUGUUUCACGUCUGCACCAUCGGCCAGAAAGACGAGAUUAUGGACAUAAAAUUCCUCUGUCUGAACGGGACCGUCUUCGACCAGGAGACCAGAGUCUGCGAGAGGGUUGACGAGGUCGACUGCAGCAAGAGCGAGCGAUUCUACAAUCUGAAUCUGGAACUCUACGGCAAUAACGCUGUGACGCUCAGCUUACACGAGACCGGCGACGACGAGGACGAUCUGACGAUUGACCCGGUGGAGGAUCACCAGUCGCGAACUACCUCGGCGCGACCCAGCACGACGAGCACGACCAGCACGACUACGUCCCGGCCCAGCAAACCGUCCACCACGGCCGCUAGCGGUUCCUUCCAGCAUCCGUCCGGCUAUCCGCAGCAUUAUCAACCGCAGCCGCCGUUCCCGCAGGUGCACACGAGCCAGUCCAAGUCGCUGUACGACGAUAAGAACGGCGGCUAUCAUCACCAGUACAUCUUCCACAACGGCGGCGAGCGCACCAGCAAUCAGGCCACGUCCUACCAAUUGUUCAGCAAUCAGGGCGGCGUAAGCUCGACGACCGUGCCGCCGGCGCCACCCCCGCCGCCCCCGCAAAUCCACCAGAUCAGGUACAGCUCGACGGUGGGCCCGCCGCCGCAGAUUAUUCACAGCGAACCGUCGACCGUGACGCCGCUGUACCACGCGACGUCCUCCACGAUACAGACGCUGCUUAACAGCAACGCAAACAGCCCGGCGGCCUUGAUCAACCCCAUAUUUCACAAUCACGGGAUCGCGAGCACCACCGAACGCGAGUUCACCGUCCACAGCAACAAUCCGCGCGAGACCACCGACUAUCGCGAUGACGACGAUCAGGAGCAGGAUAUAAGGGCACUGGAGGCGAUACAGUCGGCAAACAAGGGCAAGAUUUCUAAGCUGGCGAUAUCUCCGGUGCCAAGCCCGCAAGAGUCGUCCCGAACAGUGCAGACGAAGACAAGUCAGACGUCGCAACAUCAGCAGCAGCAGCAGAGGAUAUCCGGCAACUUUCUGCCGACACCGGCCACUGAGACGACCGUCAGAUCAUUCUAUCCGACGCCGAGGCCUUCGCCGAAGCCCCCGCAGUCGUCGCAGUCUGUCACUCGUCAGGUUACUCAACACAUUCACGUGUCGCCGGACGAGAGAUUGCCGCAGCUCAAGCCUCAUCAUCAGAUCACCAUAAGUCUGCCGCCGUCGGAUAUCCAGAGACUCGUGCAGAAUCCGUCGCCUCUGCUGCCCUCGCAAUCCCGGGUGAUCGUCACGGCGAAGGCGAGCGUGAGCGAUGAGUCCGGCAGACCCCUAAACACCACGCAGUUGGUGACGUUGCCGUUGCCGACUAUACCGGCCAGCUACGACGAUUACAAGGAGGGCGACGAGUCCUUCGAUCCCUUUUAUCGCGACGUCCCGAAAAUUCGCAAAAAUCGCCAGUACGCGAUAGAGAGAAUGAGAUUCUCGCGCGGGAAACGAUCGCUUGAGCAACCGUAUCAUUUCAUUUACGGAGCGGACAGUCGUCAAGAUGAAGAUAACGCGAAGAACAAAGAAAGCGCGCGUGCUCGGGUUAACGUCGAUUUCCGGAUUCUUAAAGAGAGUCUGCUAAAAUUUAGGGAUAUUUUAUUUAGCGACGAAGCGAACGAAGAUUCCUCUCGUAAUGAUGCUGGAGAAAUUAAAAAUAAUACCGAACGUGUUGAGAUAAAUAGCGAAACUUUCGAUACGGCACCUGUAAAGCAGGCGAAAGACAAUAUAAUAAAAAAAGUAGAUUAUUUAGAAGACUUGAAGACAGAAGCUUCGAAACACUUGGAUCUAAAUAAAAGGACGGAUAGAAAUGAGGACGAAGAGGAUGAGGAAACAGGUCACAAAGAUUCAUCUUCAAGUGUCAAAGUUAAUACUAAUAAAUCGCUUGAUAAGAGAAAGCACGUUAAGAAUACAUCAGGAUUUGAAUUUGAAUUUUACGCUGAAUCUACUACUGCUCGUCCUCGAAAAAACGAAUCUCGAGGAGACGUUAUAGACGUAAUAAUACUCGAUUCCGAUAAUGAUUCCAAAGUGAAAGCCACAUCCGCGAAGACUGACGCACCUAUCGAGAUUAACAUCGAGAAGGAAACGAACUCUGGCACGCACGACGCAUCGAAGACCAACGAGAAAGUUGCGCACAGAGGACAAAUCGCGGGAUACCUGAUAAAAAAUGAAUCGGAGAAGCGAUCGAACUCCGUCGCCGGCGAAGAAAGACAACUGGUAGUUCCGCGCGAGACGACGAAGCGAAAGGGUGCCAAGAAUAGCGGAGAACGGAAAUCUGGUCCGAGAAGGAAGAGUUCCCGAGUGAGGUCGCCGAGAAGACGCAUAUCCUCGAAGAUAAAGCAGCAGAGAACGGAAAAUGUCGAAGUGGCAGAGGCAAUUCAGCAAAAAAAAGACGAGGAAAAAACGACUACUAGCACUAGCACUAUUGCUACUAGUACUAUUCCUACUACUACUACUACUACUUCUACUACCACUGUGACCCCAUCCGUCGUAUCUUUCAAGACGAAAGUUGCGGAGCAAAUCGACAGCAACAUUUUCGGAGAGUCGGAAUCACGAACUUUUAAAGAAAUUGACACGAGGGCGAUCGGUCAACGUGACGCGAAAUACUCGAAGAGCUUGCGGAACGACAAAAGCCAGGACGCCAGUAAGAAUAAAGAGAUAGAGCAAUCGUUCGAUCACCAAAUUGUAAAGGAUCACGCGAAGAGUUCCGAACUACGUGCCGAUAAAACGAAGGAAGAAAAACAAGAAAAACAGGAAACAGAAUCGAUAUAUACGCAGACGACUGACAAGGAAGAUACGAUCUUCACCAAGAUUCCACGAAGCGCAGAAGAAGCGAGAUCAACGGAAGUUACGCUCGUCUCUGAAGAAAAGAAGUCUUCCAAUGAACGAUUCUCUUCUAAGGAGGACGAAAUUCCGGACGAUGAAAUUAACACGAGUACGAAUGAAGGAGAAAGUUCGCAAGACGUCCCUAGCACAAUUUCUUCCGGCGAAGUUGCGACUUCUCGUGAAGGCAACUUGGAGCAAGAAGAAUCGUCUUACCGCGAAGACGCGAGUGAGGGAUCAAGUACUGACGUUUCGGACGAGGAACAGAAUUCAACCGCGAGGUACAGCGAGGAGAAUUCCGAAGAAUCAAACGAAUAUCAGGAGAUAACGGAAUCAUCCGUGGAAAGUACACGUAGCAUUCAAGAGGAGCCGGAAAGUACCGAGGGUUCCACCACGCUCGUGGAUUACACGAAUUCCGAGGAGUACACCGACUCUCAGGAGGACGUCGCGGGAUCGACAGAGGUGACCGAGGGCAGUACCGAGGGUGUUCUAAAAUUCACGGACGAACUACCUAUAUCGGACGAUAAAGAGAACGUGGACGUGACAGAAGAAAUAUCAUCGUCUGACGAAAGCGGCAUGCACGAUUACGUCGACGAUAAUUACGAGCCGGAGAAUUACAGGGGGACAGAAACCACGACGAAAUUGAUUGAAUCCGAGGAGGACAAGAACGAGGAAGAGAAGAAUGACGGGGAGAAGAAAGAUGCAUCAGCGAAAGAUUCCGAUCGUGAGAAUAUAGAGACGCAGCGGAUGGAUGAUAGCGUCGAGGCGGAAACGCAGACGGAAUACACGGCGAGUGUCACAGAGGUCGAAGAUCUCCUUCCUAUCACGAGUUUAACCACGACUUCAUCGACCACAACGGCGUCAACCACGAUAGCGUCAACCACAACAGCAUCGAUCACAACAGCGCCGACCACUACAGCGUCGUCCACGACGGCGUCGACUACGACGGCGUCGACUACAACGGCGUCGACCACAACGACAGCUUCGAGUACGACAACUAAGACCACCACUCGUCGGCCUAUAACUACCACUCCUCGUGCCACGCCACCGAAACUCUUUAAGCCUACCGGGAACAAAAGAAUUUAUGCUUACAGCCCUCCUACGACGACCCCGGUUCCGGUCGUGAUCAAACCGAGACUGGGUCUGUACAAUCCGAAGCCGGUGAAACCGCCUAAAUCUUAUAACGAAUUGGCGCCGAAGCCGAUGAUCAGAAAGCUCGUUUUAUCACGGAAACCUCCUACCACCACCGCAGCUACUACUACUACUAUUGAUACUACUACUACAAAAAAAUUGAACACGGAGAAUCCAGAAAUGACGACGGAGUUUGUGACGAUGACAACGGUAACGGCGCCAACGAUGACGACGACGGCAGCAGUGACGACAAUGACAGCAAUAACGGAAGCAACAACGACGACUACGGCAGCAACGAUGACGACGGCAGCAACGACGACGACGGCAGCAACGACAACGACGGCAGCAACGACGACGACAGCAGCGACUACGGCAGCAACGACGACAGUGGCAGCGACGACGACGAUGACAACGGAGUCCGGUAGAAGCGAGGAGAACGGCCUCGAGAACAAGCUAGAAGCGAAUGAACAUACAUCCUUUGAUCCUUCCACGAAGAACGAUCAGAUGAACAAGGAAGAUCAACUUCCAAGCCCGUCCGAGCAGAAUAGUCCAGUCAACUCUUCGGACGUCGAUCCGGGAAUCUCGACCACGGAGAUCAAGGCUUUCACUCCUUAUCCUCUAUCUGGAUUAUCCACUCUUGCGUCUUCCACCGAGCAGACAACGAAAGAGAUAGAUGUUAAGGCGCAGGAAACGACGGAGAGCAUGGAUAUUCUCACGACGACUGAUCUACCGACGACGUUGUUAUCCGAAAAGUCUGAGUACGCUGAGAUCACACCGAGUACCAAGUACCUCGAAAUAGCGGAGACCACCACGACAGCUUCCACUGUCAAAGUUUCUCAGCAAGACUUCUCCGGUUUCUUCGGUUCCUCCGAUUCCUGAUCGCGCGACGUCGGUCUCAAUCUUAACGACCGUCUUGCCGAAAGCGGAGGACGCCGAUCCCGUCGCGUCGAUGGAAGAAGCGGCGAU